GUGUGUGGUGUGUGUGUGUGUGUGGUGUGUGUGUGUGUGUGUGUGUGUGACUCUGUGAGUGUGUGUGUGUGUGUACUUGUGUGUGUGUGUUGGAUGUACUAAAUCCUUGCUCAUUGGAACACUUGCUCACUUGUGCUCCGUCGUUCACUUGAACUCCGUCGUUCGCUUGUGCUCCCUCGUUCGCUUGUGCUCCCUCGUUCACUUGUGCUCACUGUUCAUCACACGCCCUGUCGACAGCAAAGCAACGAUGCGAAGAUGAAGGAGCUUCUAACCCAAGUCGAAAAGCUGGAGAAGGAAAACAGCUUCCUGCGAAAGGAGCUGGACACAAUGAAGGAGGAGUUUCAGAUGAUGGAGCAGCGCGUGUCCGAGUUGUGCAAGGAGCAGGAGGAAGCCAACGCUGCGUUGACGGAGGCAAGUCACACCAGCCACCAACUCCCCGACACAGCCAGCACCAGCCCAACAACGCCUGAUUUCAAGCCGUUUGUCAAGCCAGAAGGCGCAGCAUCAACGACAGAGAAGACGGCAGCAAAGGAGGCGCAGGCAACAGGCAGCGGCAACAGCGACAAUGACAGCAGCAGCAGCAGCAGCAGCAGCAAACCCGGCGGCACUGUCGACAAGGCAGACCAGGCUGACAAGGCCGGCACGGACAAAGCAAGCGAUGACAAGAAGGACACGGGCGAUGACAAGAAGGACGCGGGCGAUGACAAGAAGGAAGCAGAAGCACAAGAUAAGGACGGCGACAAAGGUUGCUCCUCUUCAGCACAGUAGUGGCAAUAGUUGCGUCAGCCAACCACACUCGCUCACACGCACACACCACUAUUGAC